UUUUUCUCUCUUUGAUUCGAGCUUUUUUUCAAAAUCUUAAUUGGUUUUGUGUCGAUUUGAGAUGAAGGAUAUUGCGAUAAUGCGACCGGAUUAUAACUUCUCGUAUAUAUACCAAGUUCUGUUACUAAACCAAACUAUUUAAAGAUGAUAGCACUCUUCCUGUUAUGUUGGAUUGCAGGAGCACUAUCUCAAGAACACGACCAAGACUUUGACUGUCCUGAUCCAAAUGGUCUGUUUACUGACCCUACCUCUUGUGAAUAUUACUACAACUGUGGGUCUGGUGUAGCUUGGAGGUACCCCUGUGCAGAUGGGACACUUUGGGAUCAAGACAUUCAGAACUGCAACUGGGAAGCACAAGUAGAUUGCAAAAUUGAUGACAACAGUGAUGAAAACAAUGAAGGUGAUUCAUCUGAUGAAAAUGAAGAUGAAAAUGAUGAUGAAGAUGGUGAUGAAAAUGACAAUGAAAAUGACGAUGAAAAUGACGAUGAAAAUGACGAUGAAAAUGACGAAAACAACGAUGAUGAAUCCUCGGACAACUAUGGAGAUAAAGACGUUGUGUGCUACUUUAUUAACUGGGCCUGGUACCGUGAGGGGAACGGUAAAUACUCAGCAGAUAAUGUAGACCCAACACUCUGUACCAUUAUAAACUACGCAUUCGCUGUCUUGGAAAACAACAAGAUCAAGGUCCAUGAUCCUUGGGCAGACACUGAUGUGGGUGGAGGAGAGUUCUUUAAAAAGAUUGUUGAUUUAAAGAAUGCUGCAGGAUCCAGGGUCAGAAAAGUUCUCUUGGCUAUUGGCGGCUGGAAUGACAGCGAAGGCUCCAAGUAUUCGGAUCUAGCCAAGUCCCCUCAGCUGAGGACGGCAUUCAAUUCUGAUGUUCUGGAAAUUCUUCAAAAGUGGAAGUUUGAUGGACUGGACCUGGAUUGGGAGUAUCCCGCCUGUUGGCAGGCUAAUUGUGAUGAAUCAGAUCCAUCAGACAAGACCAACUUUGGAAUCUGGGUAAAGGAGUUGAAGGAGCUGUUUGCUCCUCACAAUAUGCUGGUAACUGCUGCUGUUUCUGCCAGUCAGGCUGUCAUUGAUGCUGGCUACGAUGUUCCAGUUCUGGCUCAGUACCUUGACUAUCUUAACCUCAUGUCUUACGAUUUCCAUGGCUCUUGGGAGACUGUCACAGGACACAAUUCUCCUCUCUUAGGUUGCAAUGCUGACAAACUCAACACGGACACUGCUGUUAGACACUGGAUUGCUAAAGGCUUUCCAGCCAACAAGAUCCAGAUGGGACUAGGCAUUUAUGGUCGGUCUUUUACUCUAACCAAUUCUGCAAAUAAUGGGAUCGGAGCUGAUUCAAGUGGAGCCGGUGUUGAAGGUAAGUGGACAAAACAAGCAGGUUAUAUGGGAUAUCAUGAGAUCUGCCUGAACAUCAAGGACAAGGGCUGGACUAAAGUUAAGGGUGAUGAAUGCAUUGUUGGUCCUCAUGCCUACAUGGGGGACCAGUGGGUUGGAUUUGAUGAUCUUGAAACAGUUAAAAUAAAGAUGCAGUACAUCAAAGACAUGGGGCUAGCAGGUGGAAUGGUUUGGGAUACUUCAAUGGAUGAUUUCAAAGACCUGUGCGGAGAUGGAAAAAACCCUUUCCUGACUGCAAUGCGAACAUAUCUCUCUCCAUCAGAAAAUGAUGACAACAGUGAUGAAAAUGAUGAUGAAAAUGAAGAUGAAAAUGAUGAUGAAGAUGGUGAUGAAAAUGACGAUGAAAAUGACGAUGAAAAUGAUGACGAAAAUGACGAAAACAACGAUGAUGAAUCCUCGGACAACUAUGGAGAUAAAGACGUUGUGUGCUACUUUAUUAACUGGGCUUGGUACCGUGAGGGGAACGGUAAAUACUCAGCAGAUAAUGUAGACCCAACACUCUGUACCAUUAUAAACUACGCAUUCGCUGUCUUGGACAACAACAAGAUCAAGGUCCAUGAUCCUUGGGCAGACACUGAUGUGGGUGGAGGAGAGUUCUUUAAAAAGAUUGUCGAUUUAAAGAAUGCUGCAGGAUCCAGGGUCAGAAAAGUUCUCUUGGCUAUUGGCGGCUGGAAUGACAGCGAAGGCUCCAAGUAUUCGGAUCUAGCCAAAUCCCCUCAGCUUAGGGCGGCAUUCAAUUUUGAUGUUCUGGAAAUUCUUCAAAAGUGGAAGUUUGAUGGACUGGACCUGGAUUGGGAGUAUCCCGCCUGUUGGCAGGCUAAUUGUGUUGAAUCAGAUCCAUCAGACAAGACCAACUUUGGAAUCUGGGUAAAGGAGUUGAAGGAGCUGUUUGCUCCUCACAAUAUGCUGGUAACUGCUGCUGUUUCUGCCAGUCAGGCUGUCAUUGAUGCUGGCUACGAUGUUCCAGUUCUGGCUCAGUACCUUGACUAUCUUAACCUCAUGUCUUACGAUUUCCAUGGCUCUUGGGAGACUGUCACAGGACACAAUUCUCCUCUCUUAGGUUGCAAUGCUGACAAACUCAACACGGACACUGCUGUUAGACACUGGAUUGCUAAAGGCUUUCCAGCCAACAAGAUCCAGAUGGGACUAGGCAUUUAUGGUCGGUCUUUUACUCUAACCAAUUCUGCAAAUAAUGGGAUCGGAGCUGAUUCAAGUGGAGCCGGUGUUGAAGGUAAGUGGACAAAACAAGCAGGUUAUAUGGGAUAUCAUGAGAUCUGCCUGAACAUCAAGGACAAGGGCUGGACUAAAGUUAAGGGUGAUGAAUGCAUUGUUGGUCCUCAUGCCUACAUGGGGGACCAGUGGGUUGGAUUUGAUGAUCUUGAAACAGUUAAAAUAAAGAUGCAGUACAUCAAAGACAUGGGGCUAGCAGGUGGAAUGGUUUGGGAUACUUCAAUGGAUGAUUUCAAAGACCUGUGCGGAGAUGGAAAAAACCCUUUCCUGACUGCAAUGCGAACAUAUCUCUCUCCAUCAGAAAAUGAUGACAACAGUGAUGGAAAUGAUGAUGAAAAUGAAGAUGAAAAUGAUGAUGAAGAUGGUGAUGAAAAUGACGAUGAAAAUGACGAUGAAAAUGACGAUGAAAAUGACGAAAACAACGAUGAUGAAUCCUCGGAAAACUAUGGAGAUAAGGACGUUGUGUGCUACUUUAUUAACUGGGCCUGGUACCGUGAGGGGAACGGUAAAUACUCAGCAGAUAAUGUAGACCCAACACUCUGUACCAUUAUAAACUACGCAUUCGCUGUCUUGGACAACAACAAGAUCAAGGUCCAUGAUCCUUGGGCAGACACUGAUGUGGGUGGAGGAGAGUUCUUUAAAAAGAUUGUCGAUUUAAAGAAUGCUGCAGGAUCCAGGGUCAGAAAAGUUCUCUUGGCUAUUGGCGGCUGGAAUGACAGCGAAGGCUCCAAGUAUUCGGAUCUAGCCAAAUCCCCUCAGCUUAGGGCGGCAUUCAAUUCUGAUGUUCUGGAAAUUCUUCACAAGUGGAAGUUUGAUGGACUGGACCUGGAUUGGGAGUAUCCCGCCUGUUGGCAGGCUAAUUGUGUUGAAUCAGAUCCAUCAGACAAGACCAACUUUGGAAUCUGGGUAAAGGAGUUGAAGGAGCUGUUUGCUCCUCACAAUAUGCUGGUAACUGCUGCUGUUUCUGCCAGUCAGGCUGUCAUUGAUGCUGGCUACGAUGUUCCAGUUCUGGCUCAGUACCUUGACUAUCUUAACCUCAUGUCUUACGAUUUCCAUGGCUCUUGGGAGACUGUCACAGGACACAAUUCUCCUCUCUUAGGUUGCAAUGCUGACAAACUCAACACGGACACUGCUGUUAAACACUGGAUUGCUAAAGGCUUUCCAGCCAACAAGAUCCAGAUGGGACUAGGCAUUUAUGGUCGGUCUUUUACUCUAACAAACUCUGCAAAUAAUGGGAUCGGAGCUGAUUCAAGUGGAGCCGGUGUUGAAGGUAAGUGGACAAAACAAGCAGGUUAUAUGGGAUAUCAUGAGAUCUGCCUAAACAUCAAGGACAAGGGCUGGACUAAAGUUAAGGGUGAUGAAUGCAUUGUUGGUCCUCAUGCCUACAUGGGGGACCAGUGGGUUGGAUUUGAUGAUCUUGAAACAGUUAAAAUAAAGAUGCAGUACAUCAAAGACAUGGGGCUAGCAGGUGGAAUGGUUUGGGAUACUUCAAUGGAUGAUUUCAAAGACCUGUGCGGAGAUGGAAAAAACCCUUUCCUGACUGCAAUGCGAACAUAUCUCUCUCCAUCAGAAAAUGAUGACAACAGUGAUGAAAAUGAUGAUGAAAAUGAAGAUGAAAAUGAUGAUGAAGAUGGUGAUGAAAAUGACGAUGAAAAUGACGAUGAAAAUGACGAUGAAAAUGACGAAAACAACGAUGAUGAAUCCUCGGAAAACUAUGGAGAUAAGGACGUUGUGUGCUACUUUAUUAACUGGGCCUGGUACCGUGAGGGGAACGGUAAAUACUCAGCAGAUAAUGUAGACCCAACACUCUGUACCAUUAUAAACUACGCAUUCGCUGUCUUGGACAACAACAAGAUCAAGGUCCAUGAUCCUUGGGCAGACACUGAUGUGGGUGGAGGAGAGUUCUUUAAAAAGAUUGUUGAUUUAAAGAAUGCUGCAGGAUCCAGGGUCAGAAAGGUUCUCUUGGCUAUUGGCGGCUGGAAUGACAGCGAAGGCUCCAAGUAUUCGGAUCUAGCCAAAUCCCCUCAGCUUAGGGCGGCAUUCAAUUCUGAUGUUCUGGAAAUUCUUCACAAGUGGAAGUUUGAUGGACUGGACCUGGAUUGGGAGUAUCCCGCCUGUUGGCAGGCUAAUUGUAAUGAAUCAGAUCCAUCAGACAAGACCAACUUUGGAAUCUGGGUAAAGGAGUUGAAGGAGCUGUUUGCUCCUCACAAUAUGCUGGUAACUGCUGCUGUUUCUGCCAGUCAGGCUGUUAUUGAUGCUGGCUACGAUGUUCCAGUUCUGGCUCAGUACCUUGACUAUCUUAACCUCAUGUCUUACGAUUUCCAUGGCUCUUGGGAGACUGUCACAGGACACAAUUCUCCUCUCUUAGGUUGCAAUGCUGACAAACUCAACACGGACACUGCUGUUAAACACUGGAUUGCUAAAGGCUUUCCAGCCAACAAGAUCCAGAUGGGACUAGGCAUUUAUGGUCGGUCUUUUACUCUAACCAAUUCUGCAAAUAAUGGGAUCGGAGCUGAUUCAAGUGGAGCCGGUGUUGAAGGUAAGUGGACAAAACAAGCAGGUUAUAUGGGAUAUCAUGAGAUCUGCCUGAACAUCAAGGACAAGGGCUGGACUAAAGUUAAGGGUGAUGAAUGCAUUGUUGGUCCUCACGCCUACAUGGGGGACCAGUGGGUUGGAUUUGAUGAUCUUGAAACAGUUAAAAUAAAGAUGCAGUACAUCAAAGACAUGGGGCUAGCAGGUGGAAUGGUUUGGGAUACUUCAAUGGAUGAUUUCAAAGACCUGUGCGGAGAUGGAAAAAACCCUUUCCUGACUGCAAUGCGAACAUAUCUCUCUCCAUCAGAAAAUGAUGACAACAGUGAUGAAAGUGAUGAUGAAAAUGAAGAUGAAAAUGACGAUGAAAAUGACGAUGAAAAUGACGAUGAAAAUGACGAUAAAAAUGACGAAAACAACGAUGAUGAAUCCUCGGAAAACUAUGGAGAUAAAGACGUUGUGUGCUACUUUAUUAACUGGGCCUGGUACCGUGAGGGGAACGGUAAAUACUCAGCAGAUAAUGUAGACCCAACACUCUGUACCAUUAUAAACUACGCAUUCGCUGUCUUGGACAACAACAAGAUCAAGGUCCAUGAUCCUUGGGCAGACACUGAUGUGGGUGGAGGAGAGUUCUUUAAAAAGAUUGUUGAUUUAAAGAAUGCUGCAGGAUCCAGGGUCAGAAAGGUUCUCUUGGCUAUUGGCGGCUGGAAUGACAGCGAAGGCUCCAAGUAUUCGGAUCUAGCCAAGUCCCCUCAGCUGAGGGCGGCAUUCAAUUCUGAUGUUCUGGAAAUUCUUCAAAAGUGGAAGUUUGAUGGACUGGACCUGGAUUGGGAGUAUCCCGCCUGUUGGCAGGCUAAUUGUGAUGAAUCAGAUCCAUCAGACAAGACCAACUUUGGAAUCUGGGUAAAGGAGUUGAAGGAGCUGUUUGCUCCUCACAAUAUGCUGGUAACUGCUGCUGUUUCUGCCAGUCAGGCUGUUAUUGAUGCUGGCUACGAUGUUCCAGUUCUGGCUCAGUACCUUGACUAUCUUAACCUCAUGUCUUACGAUUUCCAUGGCUCUUGGGAGACUGUCACAGGACACAAUUCUCCUCUCUUAGGUUGCAAUGCUGACAAACUCAACACGGACACUGCUGUUAAACACUGGAUUGCUAAAGGCUUUCCAGCCAACAAGAUCCAGAUGGGACUAGGCAUUUAUGGUCGGUCUUUUACUCUAACAAACUCUGCAAAUAAUGGCAUCGGAGCUGAUUCAAGUGGAGCCGGGGUUGAAGGUAAGUGGACAAAGCAAGCAGGUUAUAUGGGAUAUCAUGAGAUCUGCCUGAACAUCAAGGACAAGGGCUGGACUAAAGUUAAGGGUGAUGAAUGCAUUGUUGGUCCUCACGCCUACAUGGGGGACCAGUGGGUUGGAUUUGAUGAUCUUGAAACAGUUAAAAUAAAGAUGCAGUACAUCAAAGACAUGGGGCUAGCAGGUGGAAUGGUUUGGGAUACUUCAAUGGAUGAUUUCAAAGACCUGUGCGGAGAUGGAAAAAACCCUUUCCUGACUGCAAUGCGAACAUAUCUCUCUCCAUCAGAAAAUGAUGACAACAGUGAUGAAAAUGAUGAUGAAAAUGACGAUGAAAAUGACGAUGAAAAUGACGAUGAAAAUGACGAUGAGAAUGACGAUGAAAAUGACGAUGAAAAUGACGAUGAAAAUGAGGAUGAAAGUGAUGAUGAAAAUGAGGAUGAAGACAAUAAAUCAAAGUGCAACCAGAAGAGUGCUAAAGCUCUGAAGAAAAAGGUUAAGAAGGUGAAAAACGCAGAGAAGAAGGUGAAGUUCAGUGCGAAAAAGAUCAAACAGGUUACAGAAGGAACGACAGCUACGAUAAGUUGCAAGAAUGGGUUCAGAAUUUCGGGAAAUAGUGUUCUUACGUGCCAGAAGAAUGAUUGGGGAGAGCUUCCCGAAUGUAUCGAAGAUAACGGAGAUUUGGAGAAGUGCAACAAGAAGAGUGCUAAAGCUCUGGAGAAAAAGGUUAAGAAGGUGAAAAACGCAGUGAAGAAGGUGACGUUCAGUGUGAAAAAGAUCAAACAGGUUACAGAAGGAACGACAGCUACGAUAAGUUGCAAGAAUGGGUUCAGAAUUUCGGGAAAUAGUGUUCUUACGUGCCAGAAGAAUGAUUGGGGAGAGCUUCCCGAAUGUAUCGAAGAUAACGGAGGUUUGGAGAAAUACUUCACUAAGGAGGAUUUUGAGGAACUCUUUCCGUACAGAAACGAAAAGGGGGAGGCUGAGUUCAAGUUGUAUGAAUACGAACACCUGCUGGAAGCAGCCAAGGGCUAUCCUCUCUUUGCUAACGACGGCUCAGAUGAAAUAAACAGACGGGAGAUAGCAGCAUUCCUGGCAAACAUAGCACAAGAGACAACUGGGGGUUGGGAUACAGCCCCGGACGGCAGAUAUGCUUGGGGCCUCUACUUUCUGCAAGAGGUUGGAAGGAGUGACAAUGGGGAAGUAGCUUACUGUGAUGCCAACAAUUCCGAUGAUCCUUGUCAGCCUGGUAAAAGUUACCAUGGCAGAGGACCAAUGCAAUUGUCAUGGAAUUACAACUAUGGUUUUGUAAGUAAGCAACUGUUCGGGGACAAUAUGGUGCUCCUAAAAAACCCACAGAGAGUGGCACAAGAAGGAAAACUUGCAUUCCAAACAGCUCUUUGGUUUUGGAUGACACCACAGGAACCCAAACCAUCAUGUCACGAUGCAAUAACUGAAAACUGGAAACCUACUGAUGGUGACACGGAAUGUGGACGAGAUGUAGGAUUUGGAGCGACUAUCAACAUAAUCAAUGGAGGGGUUGAAUGUGGAAAGACACCUAUGGAUAAAACAAUACACAGAGUUGAAGGAUACAAGAUCUUUGCUGAAAUGUUGAAUACUACACCAGGACCGAACUUAGAUUGUGCCACCCAAAAAACCUUUGCAUCAUGCUCUUGAUAAACAAAAUUUGGGAUUUAACGAUUUGAAAUUCAGACAUACUUGCACAUGAUAACACUAUUAUAAUAUUAUGUAUGUUUGUUAGCUAACCGGUUCUAAUAUAGCUAACUAGUUAUUAUUCAAUUAUUUUCAUUCACAAGAAUGAACAAAAUCUCGAUUAACUCAUACCUAUGAAUCAUAUUUUAUACAGCAUGCAAUGGAAUCAAAGAAUCAGGAUGUAACUUUUUAAAUUGGAGAAUCUAAUAGUAGAGAAUACACUAUAUAAUAAUGUCAUACAUUGAAAUAAAUUCCAAAAAUUGUCUUUUUUAUUC